CGCUGAGGCUUGCGCCUGCGUUUCCGGCCGGAGGCUUUUGCCAGGCGCUCCGCGUCCCUGGAGGGCGGCGGCGGCGGCGGCGGCCCAGGAGGUAGAGGCACCUGGGGGUCCGGAAGUCAACACCACCAUGUCGAGUCUGCACAAGAGCCGGAUUGCAGAUUUCCAGGAUGUCCUGAAGGAGCCCUCAAUUGCAUUGGAAAAGCUUCGAGAACUCAGUUUUAGUGGCAUCCCCUGUGAGGGCGGACUGCGGUGCCUCUGCUGGAAGAUUCUCCUGAACUACCUCCCCUUGGAGAGAGCCUCAUGGACCUCCAUCCUGGCCAAGCAGAGGGAGCUGUACUCUCAGUUCCUGAGGGAAAUGAUCAUCCAGCCUGGCAUUGCCAAGGCCAACAUGGGUGUGUCCAGGGAGGAUGUGACCUUUGAGGACCACCCACUCAACCCCAGCCCCGACAGCCGGUGGAACACGUACUUCAAGGACAAUGAGGUGCUGCUGCAAAUCGACAAGGAUGUCCGGAGGUUGUGCCCAGACAUAUCCUUCUUUCAGAGGGCCACCGAGUACCCCUGCCUCCUCAUCCUGGACCCUCAGAAUGAAUUUGAGACCCUUCGUAAGCGAGUGGAACAGACAACGCUGAAAUCCCAGACAGUGGCCCGGAACCGGAGCGGGGUUACAAACAUGAGCUCCCCGCACAAGACUGCUGCAUCAUCGUCCCUGCAUGAGUAUGAGGUGCUGCCCAACGGCUGCGAGGCCCACUGGGAGGUGGUGGAGCGGAUCCUGUUCAUCUACGCCAAGCUCAACCCUGGCAUUGCUUAUGUGCAGGGCAUGAAUGAGAUCGUCGGGCCCCUCUACUAUACCUUUGCCACCGACCCCAACAGUGAGUGGAAAGAGCAUGCUGAGGCAGACACCUUUUUCUGCUUCACCAACCUCAUGGCUGAGAUCCGGGACAACUUCAUCAAGAGCCUGGAUGACUCCCAGUGUGGCAUCACCUACAAGAUGGAAAAGGUGUACUCCUCCUUGAAGGAUAAGGACGUGGAACUCUACCUGAAACUGCAAGAGCAGAACAUCAAGCCCCAGUUCUUUGCCUUCCGCUGGCUGACACUGCUGCUGUCCCAGGAGUUCUUGCUGCCUGACGUCAUCCGGAUCUGGGACUCCCUCUUCGCUGAUGACAACCGCUUUGACUUCCUCCUCCUUGUCUGCUGCGCCAUGCUCAUACUGAUCCGGGAGCAGUUGCUGGAAGGAGACUUUACCGUAAACAUGCGGCUCCUGCAGGAUUACCCCAUCACAGACGUCUGCCAGAUCCUACAGAAAGCCAAGGAACUCCAAGACUCAAAGUAGCCUGGCAGCAAGAGGCCAAGGUUUGGGAGAGCAGCCACCGGACCCUGGUGCCCUGGCUUCUGGGACACCCAGAAGCCUGUGGAGACCCCAGCCCGGAGGGGAAGCUGCAGGAUUGAUCCACUCCAGGCCUUCCUGCCCUGGUUCCCUCGCCCCAGGCCGCUCCCACUGGGAGCACAC